AUGGCUAGUAGUGUCGUUAAUAUUAUUGGAGCAUCGUGUAAGCGUCGUGAUGCACUUAGAGAGCAACAACAAAAAGAUAUUAUGAAAGCUCUUGAAAUUGAUGAUCUUGAAACGGGGCGAGGGUUAAAUCAAGAAACUACUCUCAAACGUCCUUGUGAUACACGUUGGAACUCACAUUAUGAUACUUUACUUAGUGUUAAUACUAUUUUUCAUCCUGUGGUGAAGGUGCUUGAAUGGAUUGUUGAUGAUGUCAACCAAGAUAAUUUAGGUGAAGCAAAUAGGUUGUUGAAAGAAAUACAAACUUUUGACUUUGUGUUUCACCUAUAUUUGAUGAGAUUUAUAUUGGGAAUCACAAAUAAUUUGUCAAAGGCAUUACAAAAGAAAGAUCAAGAUAUUGUGAAUGCGAUGAUGUUGGUCCAAAGAUGUAAGCAAAAGCUACAAUCCGUAAGGGAUGAUGACUUUGAUGAUUUGCUUUGCGAAGUAUCAAUAUUUUGUGGCAACAAUGAUAGUGACGUUCCUAACAUAGAUGAUUUAUUUGUACCACAAGGGAGAUCAAGACGUAAAGCUCAGAAAAUCACAAACCGCCAUUAUUAUCGCGUGGACCUCUUACUAUCAUUGAUAAGCAACUAG